AUUUCCCUGCCUCCCAGACAUCUCGGUAUGUUGACACACUUCAGGAUCGUAUAAGAAAAGCAAGGGGCCGCUCGGGACAUCAAGCUCUUCGAAUCUCCUUCCGCCACACAAACCAGCAUUAAAGCAACUUUCGCCGUCGACACUCCCUGCGUUUCCCUUGUUUCAGCCAACAACAACAUGUCUUCGACCAGCUCCUCCCCAACACUGCUGGGCAGCAGUCCGCCUCGCGUUCUAGGACACAAGGACGAGGAGGCUGGAUUGAUCCCUCUGGAAGACCUGGAGUCCUUGGAUAAGAUGGUACAGAUUAGCGAAAAGCCAGUGUGGCUCGACGAGUCCGAGUCCGAGACAACACCACGAUCUUCACUCAGACAAGCGCUGAUCGAUUAUUCUUGCAUUGUACUCAACGUUGUUUCAACCAUUGCUAUCGUCUUCGUUAACAAGAUCGUGCUGAGUGACGAACAGCUUCGACAUUGCCAAAUCUCAAUUGCCGCAUACCACUUCUUCAUAUCAUUCGUGGUGCUCUACAUUGCUGGUCGACUACUGAAGAUGUUCCCCGUUAUCUUCCUGCCUGUCAAGGAAGUCUUCUCCGUUGCAGCAUUCUUUGCCGGUUUCCUGAUUCUUGGAAACCUCUCCCUCACAUUCAACAGCGUGAGCUUCUACCAACUGGCAAAGAUCAUGACGACUCCGACUGUGGUUUUGCUGAACUACGUCCUCCUGGGCAAGACCGUCAACGUGCUGACUUUGGUGUCCAUUGCAACGCUGUGUCUUGGGGUUGGCCUCAUCACUUCGGCCUCUAUCUUCUCGAAUGUCUUGGGCACGUGCAUUGCCGUUGCGGCCUUCACGAUCACGGCCCUCUAUCAGAUCUGGAUCGGGAAGAAGCUAGUCGACCUCAAGGUCUCGCCUCCACAGCUGUUGCUCAACCAAGCGCCCGUCGCUUGCGGUCUCUUGUUGCUACUUUGCGGCUUUGUCGACAAGGCUCCCGUCGUCCAAGAGCUGAACAUGCGCAGUAUCAACGCCUUGGUGGUGUCCGGUUUCAUCGCAGCACUACUCAACGUCUCCCAAUUUCUGGUCAUUGGGCGUACAUCGGCAUUGACAUUCAACGUCAUCAGCCAGUUGAAGACUCUAGCUAUUGUUGGCCUGAGUUGGUAUCACGAGAAUCGAGCCUUGUCCAUGAUGGAUGUGGUCGGGGUGGUAAUGACUCUGGGAAGUGCAUAUGCAUAUGCGACCGUCUCCAAAAAGUGACGAGAACGACUACGACAACCAUUUCUGAGCGAUUUCUUCUUUCAGAUCUAUAUACCAGAUAUACCUUUAGAGUUUCACUGCACUUCUAGAAUAAUGCUUUAAUGAUAUGAUGAUCUUUUCUUG